CACGGCUCUCAAGCUCUGCAGCUAAUUUGGGCUGUUCCCCGUGCGCUGCAGCAUUCUGUGGGUGUCAGCGCACGCCUCGCAACGUCUGCCCCAUACGCCCUCGCCGCGGCAGCCCUAAGGGAGCCAGAUCCACAUACUCACGAGGCUGCUCGAGUGCUUAGCUGCCACGCGCGCGUGAUCGUUCGCGUCUCCUCCUUGCGAGGCUGCCUCGUAGUUCACUAGCUGCCAUAAACGCGUGAUCGUCAUGGCUGCGCUGACGAACCCCGCCGGUGCCGUCACCGUCAACGUCGGAGGCACGGUCUACAUGACUACCCUGGCCACGCUCACGAGAGUCGAGGGCAGCAUGCUCGGCGCGCUGGCCGAAGCCUUGAGCGACGGCGAGGUGCUGUUCAUCGACCGCGACGGUCCGUCCUUCCGGUACGUCCUGAACUAUCUACGAGACCCGUUCGCGAAGCCGCUGGUCCCCCGCGACCCGACCGACGGACCAGCUCGCGCGAGAGGUGGAUUUCUAUGGUCUCCCAGGACUACUCAGCCGCCCUUCUACGACUGAGGCAGCGGGAGGUGACUGGAGAGUCACUCCAUUCAAGGUUCAAGAGGUAACUCCAAAAGAGAUAAGAGCCAUUUUCUCUGGAAAGAAAUAAUCUCUAAAUGACAAAAACAAAAACAACUAAACGCACAAAACAACCACACCACUAAAUGACCAACUACUAAUUGAAUAACUGUCGGUACUGCGGUACCAUCAGGAUGAUCCACCUUAUUGAAAUGUUAAUCUAAAAAUGUUAUCCUCCUUGCCGCGAUUUCAUGAUUAUCGCAAUCUGAUCACGAUCACGACAAUGGGGGAGUGCAAUGGAAAUACACGUCUAGUAGGAUCCCAAGGUUCAACUGAGACGUAUCCAAGCACAAC